AUGGAUUAUACAGAUCUUGCUGAUAUUGCUGAUAUUGCUCAACAACUAUCUGACCUUGAAGUGGCCCUUUUACUAUGCCUUGUUGCCCGCGAACAUUGCUUGAUCGAGACCACCAGCCACUGUAUUAAUGACCUUGCCAAAGAACUCGCCUUAAUUGGCUCAACUACAUUCAAUUACUCAUACUGCAUCCUUGACUGUUCAACUGCAACAUCUAUUGACGACGUCUUUAAUGACGUUCUCACCCCGGAUGCACGCGCAAACUAUCGCCCAUCGCGUCAGUGGUUGAACACCGAAUCAUCAAGCAAACGUUCUUCCUAUAAGAGCCUUGGGGAUUACAGCAAAUUAACUCCAUUUUCACAACUCGGCAGUAACGUUGUCAAUAUUGUAGUCGCCAAAAACUUCAAUUUUGUCAGCGAUGAUAUCCAAAUGCACAUGCUGCAGUUAAUGCGAUCGAAGGAGUUGGUCACCGAGAACGGGACCCUGAGUGCGCCUGAGGACUUCCUCUUCAUUCCUCUUGUGGCACGAGAUUUCGAUCAGCUCCGGCCAUCUUUGAAACUACAUCUGAAUGACAAUCUCUUCAUUUCUCAUUUCCACAGCCCGGAUGUUGGAUAUACCUAUCUUGAAGAGAAUGACUGGCUUUCAGAUGGACAAAUGUCGGCUUCCUCUGUCAUUCAUAAUUCAAAAGGCAAGCAAACGAAGAGCGCUACAGUCAGUCCGUUGGUGGUGGGUCAACUUCGAGAAACAAGUGCGUCGGUGAGCACGAGCGCGGAAGUCGUUCGAUACAUCCAGGAUAUCGUUGUAUUUCUGCGGCUCAGUCGCGCUGUUGCAGGUGGUGUGUCUGCGAAUGCAAAUAUUCAUUUUUCUCGAUUUGCACAACUUCUAGCUCCUCUGCAUGGUAUCGAUUAUUUGACUCCCUCCAUCGUGGCCCUAGCCGCCAGGAAAGUCUUUCGCCAUCGCAUUAUUGUCACUCCUCCUGGCGAAGACCGCAGUCUACAGUAUGGGAGUAAUUUACGUGCGGUAGCUGAUAUUCUCGUUGAUGUGACACCGGAUUCGAUACUAGAUGGAGUUCUGGCGCUGGAGCCGCCUUUAUGA